CCAUUUGUUCCUCACUCAAAAAGGAAAGUUUGAGCGCACAGGUCGAAAUAAGCUACAUAUUAACAUUGGCAGCCAACUGAAGGGAUGAAGAUGAUGCACUCAUUAUUUUGGCUCCUGUUUGUUUUGCACGAAAUAUCUCCGGGGCACGCUUGGUAAGAGACAAAACCAGUUGUCACUGUUUAUUGUCCCUGUGCGUAAAUUUAAGUUAGUCUCACAAUUCUUAAUCUUCUUCUCAGGUUGGCAAGCAACUUUCUCAUGACUGGACCAAAGGUAAUUUGAAAAUAUUUGGACUGACUAGGAAAGUUGGGGAAAUUUAAAUUGAAAAUUUAAACAAGGCAUUAAAUGGCAUUACCUCUACUGCAGGCCUACCUCACCUAUGCAAGAAGCGUCCGAGCGGGCGCACAGAGCGGGAUCAAGGAGUGUAAACACCAGUUUGCGUGGGACAGAUGGAACUGUCCUGACAGCGCGACUCAGCCCAAAGGCCUCAGACGAGGUAGGUCGAGCUCAAAUACAUGCACCGGGGGUUGGAUGCAGGUCUCGUCUUGGUACAGUAGUUUUUAUGCGUAAAUUGUGUAACAGAUACAAGAGUGCCGCAACACAGGAUAUCUUGAAAUGCAAUAGAGGUGAUUUCUCUAUACACAAUAGAUUGUACAAUAUGUUGUACCCAAGUUCUUCUAUCAAUCAUAAAAGUUGCAGCCACUAUCAUUAUAGAGAUAUUUUAAGAGUAACGCCUUAAUGCUCACUAAUAUAUUUUAAUCAUUGACAGCCACCAGAGAGUCAUCUUUCGUCCACGCAAUAAGUGCAGCUGGAGUCAUGUACACUCUGACCAGGAACUGUAGUCUGGGUGACCUCGACAACUGCGGCUGUGAUGUGUCCAAUAAUGGGAAAAUUGGUAAGGUUCCAAGUACUGAAAAAACAAACGAACAUGGAUACUAGAAUCUGUUUCAAGUCUAUUGUGGUCUAAAGAGAUAAAUAUUUGAUUGAAGAGCGUUGAAGAUGGUCAUCAGGUUUACAGUAAUACACUCUCUGCAGGUGGUCGUGGCUGGUUGUGGGGCGGCUGUAGUGAUAACGUUGAUUUUGGAGAGAGGAUUUCCAAACUGUACGUGGAUGCCCAGGAGACUGGCCAGGACUCCAGGGCUGCUGUCAACCUGCAUAAUAACGCGGCCGGGCGGUUGGUAAGACAUGGUUUUAAUGUACGCGUGUUUCCACAGAGCACAGAGUCAUGUCGUUGAUAAUAAAGAGCGUUCCUUGUUUUCCUACAGGCAGUAAAGGCAACAAUGAAGCGUAUUUGCAGGUGCCAUGGCAUGUCUGAGAGCUGCAGUGUCCAAACCUGCUGGACGCAACUGUCCGAUUUCAGAGAGAUCGGAAACUAUUUGAAGCUCAAGCACAGCCAAGCCCAGAAGCUGGACAUCGAUAAAAAGCGCAUGCGCGCAGGAAACAGUGCUGACAACCGAGGUGCCAUCGUGGAUGCGUUCAGCAAUGUGGCACCCACGGAGCUCAUCUACUUGGAGGAUUCCCCGGACUACUGCAGAAGGAACACAAGCUUGGGGCUUCACGGCACCGAGGACCGGGAGUGUGUGCAAUACGCAGAGGGUCAGGGCCAGUGGGAGAGGCGCAGCUGCCGCAGGCUUUGUCAUGAAUGCGGCCUGAGGGUGGAAGAGAGACGCACAGAGGUGGUGAGCAGCUGCAACUGCAAAUUCCACUGGUGCUGCACGGUGAACUGUGAGGACUGCUCCCAGGCUAUAGUGAAACAUGUGUGCGCCAGGAGAGACGGAGGCGGACACAGCUUUAGACGUAGGCACAGGGUACCCAAAUAA